AUGAAAACAUACUCAACGAUGAUCAUUCCACUACGAAUCGGGCAGCAUCGCUCACAGACACUUAUUUUCAUAAUAGAUCCCACAGAGACUCAUUCGACCGUUUUUAGAAAUUCAAAAAAGAAAGGAUUUAUUCCCUUAAAGCUCAUAAUGAGUAUGGACAAGACACCUGUGAGCGUUGAGCUAGAAAUAAGGGCGUAUAAUGAUUCUACAGAGGAAAUUGCCUCUUAUUUGGAUUCGUCCACACAAUUGGAUACUUUGGAUGUUACGAUUUCGAAAGUUGAACAGCAACUAGCUACGCUGCGCACCCAGUUGGGUGCUAUGAUGCAGACUCAGCUGGAUGAGCUUUCGGAUUCUCUUCGCACUGUACAAUUGAUAAAGGAGAACACAAUGAAUAUGAAAAAGCGCUUUGACGACGUCCGCAAAAACUGUAAAGAGAGCUUGAAGACUUUGGAAACGAAUACGAAGAUCGACAAGCUGUACAUUGCUCGCAAGAACGUCAUGAGCGUCGUAAGCCAAAUCCGAUUUAUCAACGAGCUUCCUGAACGUCUCAAGGUCAUGACCACACGUCUAAAUGAAGACUACACGUGUCUCAAAGUGGUCUACGACGAAUGGAUCGGCUACUACUCGUGGAUGCAAAAGCUGAAAACGCAGAUCAGCGCGAUGUCCUCUCCCGAGAUGCAGCAAUUCGCGGGCGAAAUCUACGGCGACUGCUUCGAAAGCAUCCUCGCACUCCGCCAGCUCCUGGAAGACAAGCUCUGGGAGCACAUCUAUCGCUGCCUGCAGCUGGGCCAAUCCGAUCCUGCCGCGUUGGUGCGCGCUUUGACGAUCAUCGAGAAGAACCAGCGUCGUCAUCUGCGAGCCAAAGACGUAUUUCUAGACGGGCGCUUCGCCGUAGUUGCACGAUCACGGAGAAGAAGUGGUGUCGUGGAUCUUGGAGGAUCGCGAUUGGGUGGAGGAAUGCAAGGAUCGGCUCUUGGCUGCAAUCCAGCGUCGUUGCGAGUACGCGUUUAA